AAGCAGAAAAAAAACCCCAAACAAACCCCUCAAAAUCCCUCAGAAAACCCCCCACCUCCAAAAUCCAUUUCCGUACAGCAAAAACCGAGAUGUCGAAUCCACCACGCGACGGCGGCGGCGGCGGCGGCGACGGCAACAAGAACAAUGAAUCGGACAAGACAGUAGCGAAAACUGCGGGGUUUGUAGUCUUCUCGGGAAUCGCUAUGAGCAUUCUUAAAGCCAUUAUUAGCCCCUUCAACAACAGUAAUCAGUGCCAUACAUCCAAAAUGGAGCCGCUCAACGAUUCAACUCAGAUCGGUAAGACUCGUGCCCAGCCUCCGCCGCCGUGUUGUAAGUCGUCAUCUCCUCCGCCGCCCCUGCAAGCACCCCCACUUCAGAAGCCUGUUACUAUACCCGUGGAACAAAACGUGACGGAAUCUACAGCAAAAACUGUAAAGAUUGUGAAAGGAGAUACCCUUUGGGGCCUUUCUAGAGAAUAUGGGGUAUCAAUUGAGGCAAUUAAGGAGGCGAACGGGCUUUCUGGUGAUACCAUUUAUGCUGGAAAGAAGCUCGUUAUUCCUUAGUACACGAUUUCUCCGACAGAAUAGUGAGGUGAUUUUAGUGUGUGUCUUUGUUUCUCUUUUCAUUCUUAAACAAGGAAAGAACAAAGGUUAUGGUUCAAAUGUUGUAUCGGAUGCGGUUUAUGUCUUAUGUAAUGUAUGAAACGAUAGUUUUAGAGCUGAAUGAAUGUAUGGGGAAAGUAAUCAUUCGAAUUUUUAUCCCAUAUUUAGAAUGUAUAUGUAUUUUGGCUCCUUAACUCUUUAACUAGGGUACAUCGAUUGUCAUUCACGAAGGGUGUGGGUUCAACUUUUCAUUUGAGAUUAAUUUAACAAAUAUAACCUCUUCUCUUGCUCUC